UGUGUGCACUGUGGAAAUGUUUGACUGUGUGACCCCGGUGCAGCAGGAGGUGAUAUGAAGGGAGGGUAUAUAAUGUCCAGACAUCUACAGGCGGCCGAGGUCUGCUCGCCUGAGGAGACACACACACACACACACCUCCAGCAGAGAAAAGAUGUAUCUUCCAGUUCUUUUCUCCAUCCUGCUCGUCAUUUCUUCUGUCCACACGUUCCAGUACACGGAGCUUGCACAGUAUGUCGACAGCCAUCAAGAAGACUAUGUAGAGGCUCUGCGGGACUGGGUUGCAAUUGAAAGCGACUCCAGUAAUAUCCUGAGGAGACCAGACCUGCACCGCAUGAUGGAGACGGCGGCUCAGAAGCUGAGGCUGAUGGGAGGAGCCGUGGAUCUGGUGGACAUCGGAGAACAAGAACUUCCCGACGGACAGAUGUUGGCGUUACCUAAAGUGGUGACGGCUCAGUUCGGCAACGACUCCAGCAAACACACGGUGUGUGUCUACGGCCACGUGGACGUCCAGCCAGCAAAGCGAGAGGACGGAUGGGCCACAGAUCCGUACAACCUGACCGACGUCAGAGGUAACCUGUAUGGAAGAGGAGCAUCAGAUAACAAGGCCCCUGUUCUAGCCUGGAUUCAUGCCGUGGAGGCGUAUCAGGCCCUCAACAUGGAGCUGCCGGUUAACGUGAAGUUUGUCAUCGAGGGCAUGGAGGAGACGGGCUCCAACGGCCUGGACGCCAUGAUCGUGGCCCAGAGGGACACCUUCUUCUCCGACGUGGAUUACAUCGUCAUCUCCGACUGCGGCUGGCUCAGCCGACGACCCGCCCUCACCUACGGCACCCGAGGCAACUGCUACUUCUUUGCUGAGGUUGAAGGACCGAAACAGGACUUACACUCUGGAGUGUACGGAGGAGCUGUGAUUGAACCCAUGACUGACCUCAUCGGCAUUCUUGACACACUGAUCAGCCCCAGUGGAAAGAUUCUGAUUCCUGGCAUCAGGGAGGCGGUGGCUCCCCUCACCGACGAGGAGUGGAAGAUGUACCAGGACAUCCAGUUCGACGUGGACAACUACAAGAGCAGGGUUGGCGUCAACGAGCUCAUGUACAACAACAAGGUGGACCUGUUGGCCCACGUCUGGCGCUACCCCACCGUCUCCAUCCACGGCAUCGAGGGGGCGUUUUCCGACGCCGGCUCCAAGACCGUCAUCCCUGCCAAGGUCACAGCCAAGUUCUCCAUCAGACAGGUUCCCAACAUGGAGCCCGCAAUGGUCAAGAAGCAGGUAACCGACUACCUUCACUCAGUGUUCGCCAAGAGGAAAAGUCCCAACAGGCUGAAGGUCACCAUGGUGAUCGGAGCCAAGCCGUGGCUGGCGGACACUCGCCACCCGCUGUAUGAGGCCGGGAAGGCUGCUGUCAAGAGAGUGUUCGACAUGGAUCCUGAUCUGAUCCGUGAGGGCGGGACCAUCCCCAUCGCAAGAACCUUCCAGGAUGUGACGGGGAAAAGCAUCAUCAUGAUGCCGAUCGGAGGCUUCGAUGACGGCCUGCACUCCCAGAAUGAGAAGAUGAGCAGGUACAACUACAUCGAGGGAACCAAGUUAUUCAUCACUUACCUGAACGAAGUGUCGCAGAUAAAGAAGCAGACGUCUGUGUGAUGUUGGAUUGUUCACUGACUUCUCUCCUUGAACACAAGACCGGUUUUAUAUUUUCCCCUCCACCCGUUUCCCUUUUUAUUUAUCUGCAUGUCUUGUCUAUCUAAUCUAUCAUCAUAUUCUUCUUACAGUGUGAAUUCAUGUAAAGUGACAUAUUAAUAUACAUCUCACCAUGUUUUCAUUUCUCGCUGUGUAUAUGGACUUUAAUGCUCCGUAUGAUGUGGGACAGUACUGAAAGUGUGUGUGUGUCACAGUAAAAAACUUAACAAUUCAA